CAAAGAUACAUCCAUACACUUGGACAGACUCUUGACUUGAACUGAAACCACCCACCGCCAAACUGUCACGCAACACCUCUGCCCGUAUUUCCUGGCCCCCAAUCUCUUUGCGCGACACCUACCGUCGCAGCUUCGCAUCUCCUAGACACAGGAGUCCUCGUCUUCGACGAACCAGCAGUAUGCCUGCUCCCAUUGUCACCAAUGAGCCCUCCGUACUUCCAGUACGUGAGCUGGCCGAUGACGAGUACUUCGUCAUGAUGUCCUUUGAGCGUCACGCCGACCAUUGCUACAUCUGCAGCGACCCCCGCCGCGUCCAAGAAGACGGCGAGACCCUCUGCCGCCGCGGAACCGAGUACGCCCUCGACGUGGCCGCAUAUCUGUACUCCAAGAACAGGAAGUCCUACUCUGUUGUCGACCGCGACCUUAACCAGCCUACUCUCGUCAACAUCCCACGCCGCUGCAUCGCAACCCGUGAUCUCCUCCUCGCUCUAGAGGAUGGCCUCAGCCUCCGCAAGGACAAGGAGAAGGAGAAAGAGAAGGAGAGGGAGAAGGCCCCGGCCGUCCAGAAGCCAGUCAUCAGCUACGACCGUACAUACCACGUUUCCCCGCGCCGCUCCAACUCCCAGAGAAUGACCGCAACUGAAAUCAUCGAGCGCGAGCCGCGCACUGUCAGCGUCAAGACCCGCCGUGUCAUUGUUUACCCGUCUUCUCAGCGAGGCUCCCCAGCCCGGGGCUCUCCCAGCAGGGGAUCCCUCUACGAAUCUGAUGCGGCAGACCGCGUGGAGCGAGUCAAGGAGUCUUCGCGCAUCUACCUCCGCCCAACUGACUACUACCGGUGA